UUCUUCUUACUUUUUGUUUUUUAAAUACACGUCGUCUGCAAGUUAAACAGAAAACACUUUCUGGUCGACUGGAGCCAAUACUAGGAAAAGUUGACCUAAACUCGGUGUGAAAUAGGUGGCAAUAUCAAAGAAGGGCUCUCAAAUUUUAAAGGAAAAUGAUUGGUAACCACCAUCAACAGUCUGACCCUCGCCGGUCUGAGAGAGAACGCAGGUACAAAGCGCCAGCAGUCUCUCAGGUGAAUCCAGGGGAUGAUAUGACACCUGACUACACCAAUAUUUUGGGCAUGAUAUUUUCGAUGUGUGGCUUAAUGAUGAGGCUAAAGUGGUGUGCAUGGGUUGCGUUAUAUUGUUCCUGUAUUAGUUUUGCCAAUUCCAAAGUGAAUGAUGAUACAAAGCAAAUCCUCAGCAGUUUCAUGCUUUCCAUUUCUGCAGUUGUGAUGUCAUACCUUCAGAAUCCACAACCAAUGACUCCUCCGUGGUCAUCAGUCUUUGGAUGAUUUUUAAAACUAUUAAGAUACAAUCAUAUGAUUUCUUCUUCAUUCAUGUUUUGUUUUAUUCAUUGUUAUAUUUCAAUAAUUAUACUUGUAAUCUGUUUUGUGCCAAAAGUCCUGGUUAUACCAAGGCACAAUGGGAUCAACUUGAACCAAUUAA